AUGACUCAGCCUCGCCAUCCGGCGCCAUGGCGACAGAUUGAAGCGACCCUGUACGAGCGCGCAAACGAACUGACUCUACCUGGUGUCGUUGAAACUGCUGGCUCAAAGCUCAUCAAUGCGCCAUCGACGCCGACUCGACCGCAUGACCCCACAUUCGUCCAAGACCUUCGCCAGCGUCUCGAACUCGCUCUCCUCCAACAAGGCCUUCGCCGCAGGAUGUAUGGAAAUGAUUUGGCUGAUGAUAUCCGUCCGGGACACACGCCGCCGGGGCUGAGGGAGCACAUGCGCAUGGAUGCAUUUGCGGGCUACGAGUCGGACAGCAGCAGAUUGUCGGAGGAGUCUUCGACAUCCGUGGAGCCUGGAACUCCUCUGAGUUGCGAUGUGAAGCACAGUGUAGGCAAGGCGCAUGAGGCUGGCGACGGAGAGGCAUCCAUGCGACUGCCUGCGAGUCCCCUCACACUGUAUCCAAAGCAUGUCUCACUCGAUGGAUCGACCGGCCGCUCGAGCAGGAAGAGGAAACGGGAAGAUGUAGACGAUGGCCUGGACAAUGUGAAGAGGCGGCGUUAA